UGAAAAAAUGAGGAACAAAAAACAGUUCCUUGUAUAUAAAAAAGAAAAAGAGAAAAAGUCAUGUCUCCGUUUAGUUCGUCUCUUUGUCUGGGUCUCAGCAAACGCUCACAUAUAGGGGAAAAUGCUCCAAGACCUCUACUUUGCUUAUGGAUCUCUGUCGCACUGUCCGGCUCUUGAGAGGGGGAAAUUUCAAAUGCAACUCCGGUGGACUGGCUGGUCCUUCAGGAUUUGUGGCCUGGCCGCAACAUUGAAUUCACUCCACGGCCGCUGUCCCGUUCCACAUCUCUCCCUCGCUCUUUCUUUUCAGCCUCACUCCGCCUCUCUGUCAGUAUGCUCCCCCUCCCCUCCUCUAAUGCAAAAGCAUGAGCACUGCUGCAGCUGUGGGAGAAAGGAGGAGAUGGAAGAGAACUGGGGGAGACGCAUGAGGAGUAAGUGAGAAAACAUUCAAUGGAGCCUUGUGUCCCUCCCAACCAUUCCCCCUGUGGUCCUGGAGCAAAACCAAUCACCUACUCUUUACCUCCUGUCACCACUAUCUCCAUCUCUCUGCGUCACCUUCUCAGUGCCACAUAACAUAGUGUGUGUGUAUUAUGUGAUAACAUUCGGACAUUUUUAUCCAUCCCUGAGUGAGGGGCGUAAGACACAAACAUGCUAAUUGAGUGGAAUGAGAGGCGAGGGACGAGGAGAUUCAGGCAUUUGCAGAAAAUGAUGCACAAGAAUUUGGAAGAGAACAGAAGUGUCCUUUGUCGCCAUGUUGCUGGCUGGAACGUGGUCAGAGUCAUUUGCAUCACUGAAAAUAUUCAGUUGUGUAUGGUCUUGGCUUCCCUCUCAGGCGUGGCCAUUUGGUCCCUAUACAAGAUCAAUAUUCCUACCACAUGUCUCUCAGCCAACUUGUAAGUCGCUCUGGAUAAGAGCGUCUGCUAAAUGACUUAAAUGUAAAUGUAAAUGUAGGAGAGCUAUCAGGGGAAAUGUUUGUAGUUUGCUGAAUUGUAGCGUGUGCCUUCAAAUCACAAACCAUACACAACAUAUUUACACGUGUAAAAGCCUGCUAUGUGUUUCACAAGCUGGUGUACAGACAAGUGAUUAUCAAUCUGCAAUUGCUCAUCUAUGAGCUGUCAUAUUGUUACAGAAGUUAUUGCUGUUAAUGAGCAAUUACCUUUGGAGGUAUUGAGGCCUGUAUUUAAUCUAUAGCAGAUGGUGGCUUUGUGGAUUGUGUUUUUAAGGGUGUGUUUGAUUUGCUGUAUGUCCUGGAUUGUGCUUUUAAAGGUGUGUUUGAUUUGCUGUAUGUCCUGGAUUGUGCUUUUAAACGUGUGUUUGAUUUGCUGUAUGUCCUGGAUUGUGUUUUUAAAGGUGUGUUUGAUUUGCUGUAUGUCCCAAUUGCGCUUUUAAAGGUGUGUUUGAUUUGCUGUAUGUCCUGGGUGGAGGAAGUUGUCACUUGAUUUUAAGGCUAAUGUUGAACUAAUGACAAAACAACUCUGAUCAUAUUCUCAUGCUGUGAGGCAGCGGUUAGUAAGGCUGCUCAGCUCCAUGAUUCCCAUUCUCAAAAGUCAAAGUCAAAGUCAAAAGUCAAUCAAAAGUCAUCAAGCACGACGACAGCUUUGAAGUGACUGUGACUCCAGGGAGACGAAGAGGGGCGAGAGACAGAGGUGAACAGAUAGGGUCUGGAGGGGACGCUUAAUAACAGUGUAAACUGUGUGAGAAGGAGUCUGUGUUUGACUCAUCCUCUGCCUAGACUACAAGCUUCACAUCCAUUUGGGUAAUUACCCGCCCGCUGUGAUCCUCGCGACCUCGCGUAAUUAACACGCCUCGAGCAGGGAAUGAAACUUUGAUUGCCGUGACCCAUGCCCAAGUAGCAGGGGUUGCAUCUGUCUCUGCCCUGAACGACUACUGUUCUGACAUUGUGGGGAUGAAACCACCUCUUUCAAGGAAGCCUCUAACACGAUAAUUAAGAUGAAGGCUCUGGCAAUAGGACAUUCAAGCAGUCGUUUAUUCCCAAUUCGUUGAAGUUCGUGUAGUUAAUAGUCGAUCAAUCAUGGCAGUAGAAAAGUAACAUCUUUUAUGGCCUAAGAUGUGCUCAUGUUCAUAGUGGUGUGUAUUCAUGGCUGCUAAGGGAAGCCAGGCUUCAUCAAAAAUGUACUGAAAAUAAAGAACAUUUUUUAUCUUUCAUCUCUCUGUGUUUCAUAAUUUUCCUUUAAUUCGCAAGAGGCUGAAUGUAUCUCAACGGAGAGAAGGCAUCCGAGCGAACAAAACAGCGCCCCUCUGUCUUUGUAUGUGUAGCCCAUCUAUCUGAUGCUGUCUGGUCAAAAAGGGUCUGACAUUGUUGCAACCCCGCUGCAUUGUAUGCAAGAGAAGCCAGCGAGCAUUUGAUCUCUCAUGAAUUAAAAAAAUAUACAAUAAUAACCAAUCAGCAUUGAGUUAAACUGAGUGAGCUCAACUGUGAAUGGUCCUGGCGCACCAAAAAAAAGUGUCCAGGGAAGCCAGUUUGGAUUUGGCUUCCCUCCAAUCACAUCACAUCAAGUCAAACGUCAUUGACAGAAAACAUUUUUUAUUGUUGCAUCUCCUUGUGUUGUUGUCCAGCGGUGGCUAGCUAGCUAGCUAAAAUUGGCCCUUUCCUAAAUUAGCCAUCGACAACGAUAGUGAUUUAGACUUGUGGUUUUACUUCAUUCCCCUUAUUGGCUAAGGAUUAUAAUGGAGAUUCUGAUCCAACCAUAGAUUUAUACAUUGUGCCUGGAAGUUCAAUAUGUAUCUAAAUGUAGUAGGCUAAUGUUUACUAGCUAACGAAAAGAGGUUGGGCUAGCGAGCAAGCAUUUUAGCCAGGUAGUCUAGGACAACAAAAAAAUUAAAGCGUGUACUGUAUAACAGAGUCAUGGAUUGUUUCGGCAACAUGAAAGAGAGGAGGAUGGCAUUGGCGUUUCUCAACAUGUAGGGUGAGUCAACAUGUCUUUUUUGUCCUUACGCUCACACCCAGAAACCAGUACCAUGGACAGCCACAUGAUAUUUAGCUUAGUCCUUCCCCAGUGUUUUCACCCAGGCACCGUGACUGCAAGUUCAUCUUGGUCAGCCGGAGCGAUUGGCUUGGUCAGUUUUCUCUUGAAGUUCUUGUUCUGCUCUUAUUUGGUCGUACUACAUGUGAAGUUAGAAAUCUACUUGCGCUUCAGAGCAUAGUGCAUGAGGUGGACGAGGCAAGCCCCCCCCCCCCCCCCCACUUAAUCAUCGGUGUUCUUCAGUCUUAAGUUAUGUGUUAUUAUACCAUAGAAAUAAUUGCAAAGAGUGUUGAUGUGUAUCCCGUGUAGAACCCACAGACAGAAGCCAGGAUGUUUGCUCAUGUGAUCAUGCAUCGCCUGUGGUGCCAGCAGCAGUGGUCUUGGGUCUACUGCGUGAUUUGUUGGAAGACUCUCAGGUAGUGAAGAUGCCAUUCUCUCUCACCCUCCCCUUCCUCCCUCGGGUCUUCCCUCUUCAUCUUUCGUUUUGAGUCAUCUUUAUCCAUCCCUUUAAUCAAUCACCCGACAUGUCACUCUACCUACCCCCUCACCCUCCCCUUUUGCCCUCUCUCCCUCACCCUCCUCUUCUAUCCUCUCUCCCUCUCCCUCACUUUCCCCUUCUGCCCUCUCCCCCUCCCCUUCUGCCCUCUCUCCCUCCCUUUCUGCCCUCUCCCCCUCCCCAGACAAAUAUCUGACCUGUGUUUUGGCUGCCUAUUCUUAACCCUUGUGUCAUUGACUCCAUGCUCUCACACACUCUGACCAUAUCACAAUACUGUUGCCACCGGUGAUGAUGUGUCCCAUUCCUUCCUGUGCAUCAGGGCAGAUGUUGUUUUGAUGGGGAAAACACAGAAAGUAGAAGAGCAGGGAGAUGAGGGUGGUGGGGUGGAUACAGAAAAAAGAGAGUCAAUUUCCAAUCAUGUGUUUUUCUCGGAACAUUGAAUUAAGCAGCGUGAAAGAGUGGGGGCCUCGGGGGUCUGAGGGCGGCUAUAGAGAUGCCCGAAUGAAAGACUUCGUUGUUGGAGGCCGGGAGAAAGAGAUGAAAGAGGAGAGGGAGAUGGGGAGCAGCCUCCUCUCCCAUCGCCUCCUCACCCUGCGGCCCUCCCUCGCUCUGCCCAUGUGAGCUAGGGUUCAAACACGAACCCCCCCCCCCCCACACACACACGCUCACACACACACACACACACACACACACACACACACACACACACACACACACACACACACACACACACACACACACACACACACACACAGCAGAGCUACAUACUCACAGACACAGACAGACGUAGUCUUAGACUCCCUCCAAACCGUGUGUCCAUAAGAUGUAACCUAGAUCCAGAUGAUCUACUGCUCCAGCAGCUGACAGACAGCAGCACUCAGUUUCCCAGGUGGUUAGUUGUGUUAAUUGAUGAAGUCCUGUGUGAUUGAGGUCUCGUCAGUUUAACCUCCGUUAGCGCCACACUGGAUGUAAUCCCAUUACAUGUAAACAGACAGGAGCCGGAGUCAAAUUAACAUCCGUGUGAAUCCACUUUGAUGAACGCAUGCUGGACACCAGAAUGAACUCCUUGUACAAGGGAAAGGGAGAAAUGGGCUCAGCAGGUUGUAUGUGUUCAUCAUCAAUCACUAUUAGAUGGAUUCCGUUGGGGAAGUAACGUCUACACCUCAGGCUGUCUUCACAUGUGACGUCGUUCUGCAUGCAGACUGGGGACAGAAACAUGUAGCACCUCUAUGUAACGCCAACAAAUGUGUUAUGACAUUGAAAUCCAAUUGUAAUGAAAACCCAGUUUGUACGAAGCCCAUUUAAUGCAGUGCAUCCUGGUCAUUAUGUACCAGAGAGGGGUUGUUAUUCUGCUCCAUCUCUUUGAUCAUCUGGACGCGCUGGUUGAGUCAUGGAGAAAACAGAUGAGGGAUGUAUUGGUUGCCAGCUGGCUGUGACAUUGUGUUAGAGUAGGUGGAAAUAUCUAAUGUACCUCCCAGUAAUUCGUUGAGUAAGAAACUGCCAACGUUUCGCUUUCAGUGAUGUUUUGACCUAAUAAAUGACUGGGAGGUUAUAUAUAUGGAAUGUGCGACUCUCUCUGUUUUUGUAGCUUCCAGUUUAUUCUCCGUUAGUCAGCACCUCUACACUAAAUCAUUUUCUCUGGGUGCGCGCCAGCUAUUGCUUUUUAUUUGAAAUAUGUUUUGUAACAGCAGCUUCAGUAGUAGUGUAUUAGUGACUAAGUAAUAAGAAAAAGAGAAGCUUUAGAGUUGUCGUUUUUCAUCGGGGAAGAAGUUAGUUCCCCCUGGGAGGAAUUCUUUGGGGAAUCUGUAACCUUACACCUCUAACCGAGCACCUCAGCUGAAAGGACAGGCAAGUGAAAGAGGAUAGCAAGAUUGAGACAGAUGGGAAAUGUGCCGAAAUAGUUGUUAGUGAAAGGCCGGGACAUACAUUUUUAUUAAGUUUGAGAUGAGAUGAGGACGGUCAGGAAGGAGAGAUGAGGACGGUUAGGAAGGAGAGAUGAGGACGGUCAGGAAGGAGAGAUGAGGACGGUUAGGAAGGAGAGAUGAGGACGGUCAGGAAGGAGAGAUGAGGACGGUCAGGAAGGAGAGAUGAGGACGGUCAGGAAGGAGAGAUGAGGACGGUCAGGAAGGGGAGAUGAGGACGGUCAGGAAGGAGAGAUGAGGACGGUCAGGAAGGAGAGAUGAGGACGGUCAGGAAGGAGAGAUGAGGACGGUUAGGAAGGAGAGAUGAGGACGGUCAGGAAGGAGAGAUGAGGACGGUUAGGAAGGAGAGAUGAGGACGGUCAGGAAGGAGAGACGAGGACGGUCAGGAAGGAGAGAUGAGGACGGUCAGGAAGGAGAGGUGAGGACGGUCAGGAAGGAGAGGUGAGGACGGUCAGGAAGGAGAGAUGAGAACGGUCAGGAAGGAGAGGUGAGGACGGUCAGGAAGGAGAGGUGAGGACGGUCAGGAAGGAGAGGUGAGGACGGUCAGGAAGGAGAGAUGAGGACGGUCAGGAAGGAGAGAUGAGGACGGUCAGGAAGGAGAGAUGAGGACGGUCAGGAAGGAGAGAUGAGGACGGUCAGGAAGGAGAGAUGAGGACGGUCAGGAAGGAGAGAUGAGGACGGUCAGGAAGGAGAGAUGAGGACGGUUAGGAAGGAGAGCUGGAGAAUGAGAAAGGAGGGGAAGGGGACGAUGAAGGCAGACACAUCCCAUAAUUAGCAUAGUAAUGGAGAGUUAAGGCCACACAAUGGGUCACUGUUGAGUCCAAGUUUUUCCAUUUGGAGACAAUGCACAAUAGAGUUGGUAUGAGCCCCAAACCACUCUAAUAGCCAGCAUGUAGCCCACCCUCUCUCUUUUACCACCCCAGAGAACACACUCUCUAACUAAUAGAGUGGUAUUGCCUCAGGGCUUGAAGCCACAAACCAGUCCUCCCCACUCUGAACCUUUUCAUCUGCUGAGCAAAAUGCCUGGCCACUUCUCUAACGGUUAAGAGGUCCAAAUUGUGCAUAUUUGUAUAGAUACUGUAAAUAGACUGUGUAUUCUGAGAAGAGCAGAGGAUAGAGAAGAGGCUAGAGCAGGGGAUAGAGAAGAGGAUAGAGAAAAGGAUAGAGAAGAGAAUAGAAAAGAUGAUAGAGAAGAUAGAGAAGAGGAUAGAGAAGAGGAUAGAGAAAAGGAUAGAGAAGAGAAUAGAAAAGAUGAUAGAGAAGAUAGAGAAGAGGAUAGAGAAGAGGAUAGAGAAGAGGAUAGAGCAGGGGAUAGAGAAGAGGAUAGAGAAAAGGAUAGAGAAGAGGAUAGAGAAAAGGAUAGAGAAGAGAGUAGAAAAGAUGAUAGAGAAGAUAGAGAAGAGGAUAGAGAAGAGGAUAGAGAAAAGGAUAGAGAAGAGAAUAGAAAAGAUGAUAGAGAAGAUAGAGAAGAGGAUAGAGAAGAGGAUAGAGAAAAGGAUAGAGAAGAGGAUAGAGAAGAGGAUAGAGAAAAGGAUAGAGAAGAGGAUAGAGAAGAGGAUAGAGAAAAGGAUAGAGAAGAGAAUAGAAAAGAUGAUAGAGAAGAUAGAGAAGAGGAUAGAGAAGAGGAUAGAGCAGGGGAUAGAGAAGAGGCUAGAGAAAAGGAUAGAGAAAAGGAUAGAGAAGAGAGUAGAAAAGAUGAUAGAGAAGAUAGAGAAGAGGAUAGAGAAGAGGAUAGAGAAAAGGAUAGAGAAGAGAAUAGAAAAGAUGAUAGAGAAGAUAGAGAAGAGGAUAGAGAAGAGAAUAGAAAAGAUGAUAGAGAAGAUAGAGAAGAGGAUAGAGAAGAGGAUAGAGAAAAGGAUAGAGAAGAGGAUAGAGAAAAGGAUAGAGAAGAGAGUAGAGAAGAUAGAGAAGAGGAUAGAGAAGAGGAUAGAGAAGAGGAUAGAGAAAAGGAUAGAGAAGAGGAUAGAGAAGAGGAUAGAGAAGAGAAUAGAAAAGAUGAUAGAGAAGAUAGAGAAGAGGAUAGAGAAGAGAAUAGAAAAGAUGAUAGAGAAGAUAGAGAAGAGGAUAGAGAAGAGGAUAGAGAAAAGGAUAGAGAAGAGAAUAGAAAAGAUGAUAGAGAAGAUAGAGAAGAGGAUAGAGAAAAGGAUAGAGAAAAGGAUAGAGAAGAGGAUAGAGAAGAGGAUAGAGAAAAGGAUAGAGAAGAGAAUAGAAAAGAUGAUAGAGAAGAUAGAGAAGAGGAUAGAGAAGAGGAUAGAGCAGGGGAUAGAGAAGAGGCUAGAGAAAAGGAUAGAGAAGAGGAUAGAGAAAAGGAUAGAGAAGAGAGUAGAAAAGAUGAUAGAGAAGAUAGAGAAGAGGAUAGAGAAGAGGAUAGAGAAAAGGAUAGAGAAGAGAAUAGAAAAGAUGAUAGAGAAGAUAGAGAAGAGGAUAGAGAAGAGAAUAGAAAAGAUGAUAGAGAAGAUAGAGAAGAGGAUAGAGAAGAGGAUAGAGAAGAGCAUAGAAAAGAUGAUAGAGAAGAUAGAGAAGAGGAUAGAGAAGAGGAUAGAGAAGAGGAUAGAGAAGAUAGAGAAGAGGAUAGAGAAGAGGAUAGAGAAAAGGAUAGAGAAGAGAAUAGAAAAGAUGAUAGAGAAGAUAGAGAAGAGGAUAGAGCAGGGGAUAGAGAAGAGGAUAGAGAAGAGGAUAGAGAAGAGGAUAGAGAAGAGGAUAGAAAAGAUGAUAGAGAAGAUAGAGAAGAGGAUAGAGAAGAGAAUAGAAAAGAUGAUAGAGAAGAUAGAGAAGAGGAUAGAGAAAAGGAUAGAGAAGAGGAUAGAGAAGAGGAUAGAGAAAAGGAUAGAGAAGAGAAUAGAAAAGAUGAUAGAGAAGAUAGAGAAGAGGAUAGAGAAGAGGAUAGAGAAAAGGAUAGAGAAGAGGAUAGAGAAGAGGAUAGAGAAAAGGAUAGAGAAGAGGAUAGAGAAGAGGAUAGAGAAAAGGAUAGAGAAGAGAAUAGAAAAGAUGAUAGAGAAGAUAGAGAAGAGGAUAGAGAAGAGGAUAGAGAAAAGGAUAGAGAAGAGGAUAGAGAAGAGGAUAGAGAAGAGGAUAGAGAAGAGGAUAGAGAAGAUAGAGAAGAGGAUAGAGAAGAGGAUAGAGAAGAUAGAGAAGAGGAUAGAGAAGAGGAUAGAGAAGAUAGAGAAGAGGAUAGGGAAGAGGAUAGAGAAAAGGAUAGAGAAGAGAAUAGAAAAGAUGAUAGAGAAGAGGAUAGAGAAGAUGAUAGAGCAGGGGAUAGAGAAGAGCAUAGAGUAGGGGAUAGAGAAGAGGAUAGAGCAGGGGAUAGAGAAGAGCAUAGAGUAGGGGAUAGAGAAGAGGAUAGAGAAGAGGAUAGAGCAGGGGAUAGAG